AUGCGUUUUCUUGAAAUUGACCUCAUCGCCUCCAAUCGACUCAGCGCAAGAUUUCUUGCUCUCACAGUCUUCGACUUUUCAAGUUCACCUGUGGCUCUGAUCGCGCCUGCUGUUUCCUCACAAACAGCCAGCCGACUUGGCAAGCUCGGUUUUCUGCCGUUCCAGGGUCGUUCCGAACGAUCUUCCCUUCGCCCUCCCAUUGUCGUGAUUUGCCAACUCGUCCUGUGCCCAUUCCUGUUUCCUUAG